AUGGUUAACUCAAACCACACUUGCAGUGUGGACGCACGCGGUGACUUCCAUCGUGUUGCAUCUACAGAGGUCAUAGGAAAGAUGGUCAGAGAGAGAUAUGGCUUAAACAUGAGGGGACCUAGAGCAUGUGAUCUACGACGAUUGCUACGUCAAGAGUACAGCCUUCACAUGAGCUACUGGAAGGAAUGGAGGGCGAGGGAACUUGCUAUGGACAAUGCUCUUGGAGGGGUGGCGGCAAGCUUUGCUCUUGUGCAGCAUUAUUUUGAUAAACUACUCAUCAGCAAUCCCAACUCCGUAGUUGCUUUGGACACAGAAACUUCCCCAACAGGUGUUGUUCGUUUCAAGUACCUGUUCUACUCGCUAGAUGCCUGUGCAAAGGGAUAUCGCUACAUGAGGAAGGUGGUGGUGAUCGAUGCUACACACCUAAGCGGUUGUUAUGGUGGUUGUCUCAUGGCCGCUAGUGCUCAAGAUGGGAAUUUUCAAGUGUUUCCACUUGGGUUUGGAAUCGUCGACAGUGAAAACGACGAGUCAUGGGAGUGGUUUCUGAGAAAUCUUACCACCAAUCAGCAUGCUUCAAUAUAUGUGAGUAUACGAAAGGUAUAUCCAAUGUCGUCCCAUGGAGCCUGCAUUGUCCACUUGCAAAGGAAUGUCGUCACAAACUUCAAAUCUGAACACCUCAGUCACCUUACAUCUAUCGCUGGUCGCGCUUACCGCUUUAGCGACUUUGACAAGGCUUUUGAUGAGAUAAAGGCUAUCGAUGUUAGGUGUGCUGAUUAUCUAGCCCAAAUAGGAUUUGAACACUGGACCAGGGAAUACCCAAUCAUUUCCAUUUUGGAGACAAUAAGAACAACCCUGGUGUCCUGGUUUGCACUCAAGAGAGAGUCUGCAAAUACCGAAAACGACGUAGUCAAUCCGAAGAUCCAAGAAAUGCUGAUAGAGAGUUUCCACAAGUCGUCUGGUUACUUUGUCAUGAAAAUCGGUAACGGCCUCUACAAAGUCAGAGAUGAAAUGGAUACGGCUUUUGCGGUUAAUCUGUGGGAACAAACUUGCGGUUGCCGGGAAUUUCAGUUACUGCACAUACCUUGCUGCCAUGCCAUAGCUGCAGCCAUUAAAGAAGGCGUUCGUGUAAACAGUUUGGUUGACAUACACUACACUACUGAAUAUCGCAAGUUAGCAUACAGUGGCCUCAUAAUGCAUGUUCCAGAUAUGGACCACCUCGCACCCAGAGCAGGAGAUGUCGACGGAGGGAAGCUUGCGCCACCAGCUGUACGUCGUCCACCAGGUAGGCCACGGAAAUUGAGGAUACUGUCUCGAGGGGAAUUUAAGGUAAACAAUGUAAUGGUUGUUAACUAUAUGAGAUAA